AUGACGACUGUGGUACCAACCUCCGAAGAAGACGCGGCGCUCUCCAUUGUUCGAUUCGCCUCUGAACUCGCCUGGGCCGAUGCCGGCCCAGAGGUUGCUGAGCCACAGGUUAGUAGACUCUGCUUGGAGGCUCAAGAGUUCAUUGUUAUGGGAAAGUGGUUGGAGCUAGCAUCAUUGAUGAUUACCUCUGCUGAAUUGAUAUUCUCAAAGGUUUCUGAAAAAGAUAUAGAGUCCAUCUUCACUAUAAUCUGCAAUCUUGUCACAAAGAUUGAGAAUACAGAUGAAGUGAUGGAGAUUGUAAAAGUUAUAACCGAAAAAAUAGUUCAGCAACCAAACGAAAAGCCUGCCGUGCGAUUGAAGAUUUUGAUCAAUCUGUACAAUCUUUUAGAGACUCCAUACUGCCAGUUUUAUGUCUACAUGAAUGUAUUGACUUUUGCUAUUGAUGGGAAAGUCACAGAAUACAUUAUACCUUCAUUCAAAAAGAUAGAUAGCUUCUUGAAGGACUGGAAAAUUGGUAUACCUGAACAGAGAGAGCUCUUUCUCACUGUCUCUAAUAUUUUGAAGGAAAAUAAAAGCAUGUCCAAGGAUGCUUUUAAGUUCCUAACCAAUUAUCUAGCGACUUUUGUGGAAGAAGACGUGGAUGUUUUGAGUGAAGCUAAGGAGGAGGCUGCUCGUGCAAUUGUGGAAUUUGUGAGAGCACCUGACAUAUUUCAGUGUGAUUUACUGGACUUGCCUGCAAUUGGGAAACUGGAGAAGGAUGAAAAAUAUGCUCCAUUAUAUACGCUUCUUAAGAUUUUUCUUACCCAGAGGCUAGAUGCAUACAUAGACUAUCAUGCUGCAAAUUCCACCUUGUUGAAAAGCUAUGGCCUUGUGCAUGAAGAAUGCAUUUCCAAAAUGAGGUUGAUCUCAUUGGUGGAUCUUAGCACUGAUGGUUCUUGCCAAAUUCCAUAUGAACUUAUUAGGGACACACUUCAGAUCAAUGAUGAUGAGGUGGAACUGUGGGUGAUCAGAGCAAUAACUUCCAAGUUAAUUGACUGUAGGAUGGACCAAAUGAAUCAAGUAAUAGUUGUUAGUCGUCCUACUGAUCGUGUGUUUGGUCAGCACCAAUGGCAUGCACUGAGAACAAAGCUAGGGUCAUGGAGGGGAAAUAUUGCAAAUGUUAUCAGUACCAUUCAGGCCAACAAAAUAACGGAUGAUGGGUCUCAGACAGCCCAAG